UUGGAAAGCUAUUGCUUUUGAUUAUACUCUGCAAUACUUUUAAUGUCCUUUUCGAUCAUUAAUAAUAUAAACUCCUCCAGUUGCCAUCCAUUCUUGGGCAUUGGGAUUCGACUUAUUUACAAGCAUUUUCGUGGGAACAGCCUUCCUGCUGUUAAGAUAACUGACAUUUGUACUUUCCUAUGAAAUUCAGUAUUCCCAAAUUAAUAGGACUUGAAAUUGCUUAUGGGUUUCCUUCAGGACCUACAUAUGUAAUUUCCUAUGAAAUUCAGUACUCUCAAAUUAAUAGGACCCGAAAUUGCGAAUGGGUUUCCUUCCUUGGAAGUAUAAUUUAGAGAAACAGAAUCGACAUUUGUUCUUUACUGUGAGCUGUAAAAUCAUUCCCUACCGGACAGUGAGAUUUCCAUAAAGAUUAUGACAUCAUCUGUACUGUAAUGUGGAAUUGAGUGAGAAGAUUACAUCUCAGUUGCGGUGCAAUAUGCAUUUGGAUCCUUGUACUAUGGGAUGGAAUAUGCCAUACUUACACAUUUAUGUCUGUAAUAUGGUGUGUAUAUUCACUUGCAAAAUUUGUGGCAGAAGAAUCAUAAUUAGCAGAGUAAUAGAUGACAGUCAAAAUUAGGGGCAGUGAUUUGUUGAUUGGUAUUUUGGUAUUUAUGCAGGGGGUGUUGGGUGUAGGGUGUAUAUACAUUUGCAGUUGAGUGUUGAGUAUAUAUACAUUUGUGCCUGUGGGUAUUACUAUUGUGUGUAUAUCCAUUUGCGCAGGUGGGUGUUGUGGAGUUGCAGUGAUGGAACCAACUCAGAUAAGCCUGGGAGGAUUCGGAGUCGGAGUAACUGCCAAGCAACUCACAGAAUACUUGGAAGAAAAUGUGGGAAUGGUGUGGAGAUGCAGACUGAAGACAUCAUGGACUCCUCCCUUUGCAUACCCAAAGUUCACAAUCAGUAGCAACUACUUGUUUGAGAACAGAGACGUGGUGCCUCCACAUGCCUUUGUUCACUUUGCAGUUCCAGAUGCUGUCAAGGAGGCCGUCAAGCUCGCCAGCCAUGGAAAACUGGUGUUCAACAACCAAGCUCUCAAAAUCAAGGUUGGUAGCGAAACCUCAUUUAGAGUAGUUAAAAGAAGAACAAUGCCACCGCAUAGAUUUUCCCCUGUUACGAUUGAAAUUGGCUCAUUAUACAACCUUGAUAAGUUUUUGGUUGCUUGGAAGGGACCUACUUCUGGGGUAGACUUUCAUGUGGAUCCAUUUGAUAAAAGAUGUAGAAUUAUAUUUACUCGAGAUCAGUUGUUUGGUUUCCAGAAUUUGAAUGAAGAUACUCUCAUAAAAUGUGACUUCAAGAUUGAGUUUUUGAUCAGAGACAUUAGAAAUGUAAGGUUUCUCAAUGAGAUGGGAAAAUUGGUAAUGCUUAUCCAGCUUUGGGUGCCUCCUUGCAUAUACUAUAGGACUGCAGAUGACGAUGUUCAUGUAGCAGUUCCUUUUGCUCUAUUAGAUGAUGAUGAUCCAUGGAUAAGAACCUUGGAUUUUACUCCCAAUAAUGCGAUAGGCAGGUGCUUGGUCUAUAAGAUUACGCACUCUCCUCGUUUGGGUCACACCAUGGAGAAAGCCAAAGAAUACUUCAAACAAAACCGAUUGCUGGAUGAAACUAUUUCUAAGGUCUCUAGUCUGAAGAGUUGGAAUGAACCUGUUGUUCCUAGACCAAGGUUCUUUUUGGUCCUGCAACAACACCCAGAAAUCCCCUUUGAUACUAUGUUCCUGCUAACCGCUCUUGUACACAAAGGAAUUGUGAAUUACCACAGGUUAACCCCCGAACUUUACAAUUUGUUGAAGAGCAAAGUGACACCUACCAAAUUGUCCACUAUAGCACUAAGGCAGAUGCUUUCAUAUACCUAUCCAAUUUUUGAUGCUUUUGAAAGACUUGAGACCUUGCCUAGGUGGAUCAGAAAGAACCCAAAGCUUUUGAAAAACCCAAAGAUUGUUGAGGAAACAAUUGAAGUUAGGAGAUUGAUCAUAACUCCUACAAAAGCCUACUGCCUGCCUCCGGAAGUAGAGCUGUCAAACCGGGUCAUAAGGCAAUUCAAGGAUUAUGCGGAUAGAUUUCUGCGAGUUACUUUCAUGGAUGAUAGCAUGGAAAAUAUGUCUUCAACAGCAUUGAUCGUGCCCAUAGCACCUAUUGUUAAAGAGGUAUCCUCUAGUUCUCCUGCUCAUAGGACUGCUAUUUUUAGGCAAGUGAGACAAAUACUGCUUGAUGGGUUUGAGCUCUGCGGUCGUAGAUAUUUAUUUCUAGCUUUUUCUGCCAACCAGUUGAGAGGUCGUUCUGCAUGGUUCUUUGCUGGCAAUAGAUAUAUUGAUGUGCAUCAAAUUAAGAGGUGGAUGGGGACCUUUCCUGAAUAUUAUGUUGCCAAGCAUGCUGCUAGAAUGGGUCAAUGCUUCUCUGCAACAUAUUGCACAAUACAGGUUCCAAGAAAUCAGCUUGAGAAAGACUUUCUUGAAAUUGAAAGGGGUGGUUAUAAGUUCUCUGAUGGUAUAGGAAAGAUUACUCCAGAUCUUGCCAUGGAAGUUGCUCAGAAAUUGCAAUUGACCAUCAACCCUCCCUCAGCCUAUCAGAUCCGAUAUGGUGGCUAUAAAGGUGUGGUUGCAACUUGGGAGGCAGAACCGGGAAGCAAACAUAAGCUGUCAUUGAGGCCCAGCAUGGAAAAGUUUAAAUCUCCACAUGACAUGCUAGAAGUCAUCACUUGGACACGUUUUCAGCCCUGCUUUCUGAACAGACAGAUAAUUACAUUGUUAUCUACUCUGAGAGUUCCUGAUAGCGUUUUCAGUGAAUUACAAGAUUCAAUGGUGCAUAAACUCAGUCAAAUGAUUGAAAAUGAUGAAGUGGCAUUUCAUAUAUUAGCCACAUCAUGUACAGGGGAUUUACAAUACACUGCUGCUAUGAUGCUAAGUGCUGGUUUUAAACCUCAAACAGAACCACAUCUAAAAGAUAUGCUCUCUUCUAUAAGAUCUGUCCAGUUAGAAGAGCUCCUUAGAAAAUGUAGGAUUUUUGUCCCUGAUGGAAGAUGGUUGAUGGGUUGCCUAGAUGAAAUAGGUACACUUGAAUAUGGGCAGUGUUUUAUAAAAAUUUCAAGCCCUCCCUUGGAGGGCUGCGUUCUGAAAAAUGGCUCAAGCUUUUUAGAAAAUAAAACGAGUCCAAGAGUAAUAAAAGGAAAAGUGAUUGUGGCCAAGAAUCCUUGCUUACAUCCUGGUGAUAUACGAAUCUUAGAAGCAGUUGAUGCUCCUUGUUUGCAUCACUUGGUUGAUUGCUUAAUCUUCCCACAGAAGGGUCAUAGACCUCAUCCUGAUGAAGCUUCUGGUAGUGAUCUUGAUGGGGAUAUCUACUUUGUUUCUUGGGACACCAGGCUCAUACCAGAAAGUGGUGAGAGUUGGGAGCCAAUGUGCUAUUCUGCAGGUGAAGCAAAAAGGUCAAAAGCACCCGUGACGAGAGUGGAUGUAAUUGAAUUUUUUGUGCAACAUAUGGUCAAUGAUAGUGUGGGAGUUAUUUGUAAUGCUCAUGUUGUACGGGCAGAUCUAAGUGAUUGUGGUGCACUUGAGGAGGACUGUCUUAAACUUGCAAAGUUGGCAGCUGAGGCUGUAGACUUUCCCAAAACAGGGAAGGCACCAGUAAUGCCACAGUAUCUGAGACCCAGACAAUAUCCAGAUUUUAUGGACAAAGUGGAUUUGGUCUCUUAUAGGUCAGAGAAGAUUUUAGGUACACUGUAUCGCAAAGUGCUGGAUAUGUUUGGAGAAGAGUUUGAUGAACAAAAAUGUUGCAUUGACAUUACAAAUGCAUCUGAAACAUUGCCUUAUGACAAUGAUUUAGAAGUCAGUGGAUUUGAAGAAUAUAUUGAAGAAGCUUGGCAAUACAAAUGUUCUUAUGACAGACAACUUCAAGCUUUAUUAGGCCAGUUCAAUAUUAGAAAAGAAGGGGAAAUAGUCACUGGAAAGAUUUCUUCCCUCUCCAAGUACAACAGCAGGCGACAGGACGAAAUCAAGAAGAGGUUGCAUCAUGCAUACAGAGCUCUGCGAAAAGAGUUUCGGUUGAUUUUUGAAGGAACAAUAAAUUCCCAGAAUUUGGAGCCUUGUGAGCAAUUUAAAUACAAAGCCAAAGCAUCUGCAUGGUACCACGUAACUUAUCAUUCAACAUGGGUGCAGAAGACCGCUGAACACCUAACAGAACCAGGUUAUUGCCCCAGUGCUCCACUUCUGAGUUUUGCAUGGAUUACUGUUGAUUACUUAGCUCAAAUAAAGUUGCAGAAGCUCUGGCCCAAUGUGGAUUACAGUUCAGCAAUCAGAUCUAUUUUACCACCUUUCAGGUUGGUAACCCAUAAGUAGAGUAGACAUUUAAUGAGGCUAAAUCACUUUUAGACCUACUCAUUGGGUUGGGGAUACCAAGCAUAUGGGUUUGAAGUAGUAGGUCAAUUUGUUGCCAGUGGAAAAACGGGAAAAGUUUUCAAGCAUACAGCCAUUGGGCAGCAAGGCAAUUCUGAUUUACAUAGGUGCAGACUCUCUUACCAAUCUUAUGUGAAAGUUGUUCCAAUGUUUCCUCUUGUUGUUUCUGUUGUCGUUUGAUGUAUUUAUUAGUCCUAUUAAGGCAUUACCUACCCAUUAGCAUAUCAAGCAGGAUUUUAAGUUAUAUUGCUGCCAGCUUUGUUGGAAACUCAGUGGGAAAGUUUCCUCCCAAACAGACAUUGGGCAGGAAGGCCUCUCUGCCAUUAUAUAAGUCAAGACUCUUCUCUACCUUCUUUGGUGGGAGAUGUUUCAAACUAUUAUUGUUCGUUUAAUGUACUUGUUGUUUGAAGUAUUUGUGUCCUAAUGACCUAUAUGUGUCAUUCAUGCAAUUGAUGUAUUUUUCUUCUUGGUUAUA